UCUCCUGGAGGUUUAGACCAAAAGCGAUUGUCGUCGUUGCGGUCGGUCACUCUCUUCCGGACACAAAGCGUGACAUGAGAGGCUUUGCUUCUUCAUCUUAUAGAGCAGCGGCGGCGGCGGCAGCAGCAAAACCAUCCGAAUCCCUAAAUCCAAAACCCUUAUUCUCCUCAGGUAAACCCACAAACCCAAUCGACCAGCUUCACAUUUCCCAAAUCAUCCGACGAAAAGAUUGGUUCUUGAUCCUGAACCAAUCCCUUACUUCCCAUCGAAUCAAUCUAAACCCUCGAUUCAUCAUCAGCCUCUUGCAGAACCAAGACAACCCUUUACACUCCCUCCGCGUCUACCUCUGGGUCUCCAACACAAACCCGGUUUACUCCAAGGACCAAUCUUUGAAAACCAUUCUAGGGAAUGCUCUGUUCCGGAAAGGCCCUCUCUUGCUCUCCAAGGAGCUUCUCAAGGAGGUCCGAGACUCGGGGUUUAGGAUUACCGACGAGCUGAUGUGUGUUUUGAUCGGAAGCUGGGGGAAGUUGGGUUUAGCCAAGUACUGUAACGAUGUGUUUGCGGAGAUAUCUCUUCUUGGAUUAAAACCAAGCACGAGGCUUUACAAUGCUGUGAUCGAUGCUUUGGUGAAGUCCAACUCUCUUGACUUGGCUUACUUGAAGUUUCACCAGAUGCGUGGGGACGGUUGUGAACCGGACCGGUUUACUUAUAAUAUACUCGUGCACGGUGUUUGCAAGAAAGGUGUGGUUGAUGAGGCGGUGAGGUUGGUUAAGCAGAUGGAAAAGGAAGGGAACUACAGAGCGAAUGUGUUCACGUACACGAUUUUGAUCGAUGGGUUUUUGAAGUUGGGGAGGGUUGAUGAGGCGUUGAAGCAGUUUGAGACAAUGCAAGCGAGGAAAAUGAGUCCUAACGAAGCUACGAUCAGGACUUUGGUUCACGGGGUUUUCGGUUGCUUGCCGAAGUGUGAGGCCUUCGAGGUUCUGCUUGGGUUUAUGGAGAAAGAGACGAUCUUGCAGAGAGUGGGGUAUGAUACUGUGUUGUGUUGUCUUUCAAGCAACUCAAUGGCGAAAGAGACUGCCCUCUUCUUGAGGAAGACAGGUUAUGUGCCGGAUAGCUUAACGUUUAAUGCUGCAAUGAGUUGUCUUUUGAGAGGGUUUGAUCUUGCUGAGACGUGUGGGAUUUUCGACGGUUUUGUAAGCAGAGGGGUUAAGCCAGGGUUCAACGGUUAUCUUGCGGUGGUUCAAGCUCUGUUGAACGCUCAUAGGUUCUCUGAAGGUGACCUGUAUCUGAAACAGAUGUGUGUUCACGGGCUUAUAUCAAGCGUAUAUGAUUAUAACGCGGUGAUAGACUCUCUCUGCAAGGCUAGACGUACAGAGCGUGCGGCUAUGUACUUAAAAGAGAUGCAAGGUAGAGGUAUAUCUCCGAGUCUCGUAACUUUCAACACUCUUCUUAGCGGGUAUAGUACAAAGGGGGAUGUGAAGAAGGUUCGUGAAGUGGUGGAGAAGCUUCUGGGACAUGGUUGCAGACCAGACGUGAUCACUUUCAGUUCGGUUAUAAACUGUCUUUGUCGUGCGAAGGAGAUAAAAGAUGCGUUUGAGUGUUUCGAGGAGAUGUUGGAAUGGGGGGUUGAGCCGAAUGAGAUCACGUACAAUAUCUUAAUUCGCGCGUCUUGCUCUGUGGGGGAUAUUGGUAGAUCAGUGAAGCUGUUUGCGGAGAUGAUGGAGAAGGGGUUGAGUCCAGAUGUUUAUGCGUACAAUGCGGUUAUUCAGAGUUUUUGUAGGAUGAGGAAGGUGAAGAAAGGUGAGGAGUUGGUUAAGACGAUGUUGAGGGUUGGUUUGAAACCAGAUAACUAUACGUAUAGUUGUCUUAUUAAAGCUUUAAGUGAAUGUGGUAGAGAGAGUGAAGCAAGAGAGAUGUUUAGUUUGAUGGAGAGACAUGGAUGUGUGCCGGAUUCGUAUACUAAGCGUCUUGUUGAAGAACUUGACCUGAGAAUGAGUGGACUCGAGCGAGAAACAGUGUCCGUCUCGUAGAACAGUGAAGGAUAAGGGACAAGAAUGGUUAGCCGAUCUGGAGAAUUGGUACGAAAGGAAAGCUUCUUUUCAGGUUGAAAGGUCUUGGAAAGAACCGAAUCGUGGCCACGUCCUUGCUUCUUUGGAGCAGACUCGAGAGAAGCAGAACGGAGUAUUAAGUUUUGUGGUGUGAUUGAUCAAAGCUUUUACACAUUUCUGAGACUGAGAAAGUAGAGCCAAUGGUAGUGGCGGUUAGUACAUGACAGUUAGCUCAAUGCAAAAGAUGUUUAUAGUUUUACACGUGGAUGGCUUCAUCCCCAAAUGUACCAUUACAGUGUAAAAUUAUAGAAAACAAUAAUGUUCUUGCA